CCGCGCACUCUGCGCCGCUCUACUCGCCGGGAAGGCGGCGCCGGCGGCGGCUGCUCACGCUGCGCCCGCUUCCGCGCGCUGCUCUCCCGCCGCGGGUGGACUCCUCAGCCUGGCCGGCCGCGGCCCCUACCGAGCGGGGGCCUGAGCCACCACCAUUCUCCUCUGCAGGGGCGGCCCGGCACGUGCGACCCCGCUUGGGGGUGCUUGUCUGUUCCCACGCGCCACUACCGAGCAGAGGUCGCCCGGGCACCCAACUUUGCCACCUUGCGGGUCUCCCUCGCGGGGUGCCAGCCUACCGGGUCUGCAACGGCUGCGCGCCUGGAGUCCGCCGCGGAGCUGUCCCCAGGCUGGCAGGCAGCGAGUAGCGGGCGGCUCUGGGGAAGUGGCGGGGAGCGGUGGUUCCUCAACUUCCCCGGCUGGGCACCGAAGAGGAAGGACCCUCGGAGCCGCUGGGGUGCCCGGUGCUGGAUGACUGGCUCGAGGAGCGCGCCCCGCAGCUGGGCUGCUGUGUGAGAACUGGGCUUGUGUGCCCACGUGGCUGUGAAGUUUAGUGUGACUCAUGACCAAGGCCGUCCGACCUCUGCCUUCUCUCUUGGCACUUUUCACACAUGAGGAGAGGGUAAGCUUCAUCAAAGACACGUUCUCAGAGUCAGAGACUCCUUGCCCACCAUGAAGGGAGCCUGCAUCCUUGCAUGGCUGUUCUCAAGCCUGGGAGUGUGGAGGCUUACCCAGUCCGAGGUCCAGGACGCUUCCCAGUGCCAGAGAGCUGAGCAUCCAGUCAUCUCCUAUAAAGAAAUUGGCCCCUGGUUACGGGAGUUCAGAGCGAAGAAUGCUGUGGAUUUCUCGCGGUUGAUAUUUGACCCAGGACAGAAAGAACUUGUUGCGGGAGCAAGAAACUACCUCUUCAGAUUACGGCUGGAGGAUCUGUCUCUGAUCCAGGCUGUGGAGUGGGGGUGUGAUGAAGCCACCAAGAAGGCCUGCUACAGCAAGGGCAAAUCGAAGGAAGAAUGUCAGAACUACAUCCGUGUGCUGUUAGUGGGUGGGGACCGGUUAUUCACCUGCGGGACAAAUGCUUUCACGCCUGUCUGCACCAACCGCUCGUUAAGUAACCUGACUGAGGUCCAUGAUCAGAUCAGUGGUAUGGCCCGCUGUCCCUACAGCCCCCAGCACAAUUCCACAGCUCUGCUCACAGCCAGCGGGGAGCUCUAUGCUGCAACAGCCAUGGACUUUCCAGGACGAGAUCCAGCCAUUUACCGAAGCCUGGGCUCUUUGCCCCCUCUUCGCACUGCUCAGUACAACUCCAAAUGGCUCAAUGAACCAAACUUUGUAUCUUCUUAUGACAUUGGGAAUUUCACCUACUUCUUCUUCCGAGAAAAUGCUGUGGAGCAGGACUGUGGGAAGACCGUGUUCUCCAGGGCAGCCAGGGUCUGCAAGAAUGACAUUGGAGGGCGAUUCCUCCUGGAGGACACCUGGACCACCUUCAUGAAGGCACGCCUCAACUGCUCCCGCCCUGGCGAGGUGCCCUUCUACUACAACGAGCUGCAGAGCACUUUCUUCCUGCCGGAGCUGGAUCUGCUCUACGGCAUCUUCACCACCAAUGUGAACAGCAUUGCCGCGUCAGCUGUGUGUGUCUUCAACCUGAGCGCCAUCUCACAGGCCUUCAAUGGGCCCUUCAAGUACCAAGAGAACUCUCGCUCGGCCUGGCUGCCUUAUCCCAACCCCAACCCCAACUUCCAGUGUGGCACCGUGGACCAGGGCCUGUACAUAAACCUGACGGAAAGAAACCUGCAGGAUGCUCAGAAAUUCAUUCUGAUGCAUGAGGUGGUGCAGCCAGUGACCCAGGUGCCCUCCUUCAUGGAGGACAACAGCCGCUUCUCCCACGUGGCUGUCGACGUAGUCCAGGGCAGGGAUAGCCUCAUCCACAUCGUCUAUCUCGCCACAGAUUAUGGCACCAUUAAGAAGGUCCGGGCACCCCUGAAUCAGACCUCAGGCAGCUGUGUGCUGGAGGAGAUUGAGCUCUUCCCGGUGAGGAGGAGGGAGCCUAUCAGGAGCCUGCAGAUCCUCCAUAGCCAGAGUGUCCUGUUUGUGGGGCUGCAGGAGCAUGUGGCCAGGAUCCCCCUGAAGAGGUGCCAGUUCCACCGCACACGCAGCACCUGCAUUGGGGCCCAGGACCCUUACUGUGGCUGGGACGUGGUGAUGAAGAAGUGCACAAGCCUGGAGGAGAGUCUCAGCAUGACACAGUGGGAGCAGAGCAUCUCCACCUGUCCGACCAGGAAUCUCACUGUGGAUGGGAACUUCGGCCCCUGGUCUCCGUGGACACCCUGCACGCACACGGAUGGCAGUGCUGUGGGAUCCUGCCUCUGUCGGUCCCGUUCCUGUGACAGCCCGGCCCCACAGUGUGGCGGCUGGCAGUGUGAGGGCCCCAGCAUGGAAAUCGCCAACUGCUCCAGGAACGGAGGCUGGACCCCCUGGACCUCCUGGUCGCCCUGCAGCACCACGUGCGGGAUCGGCUUCCAGGUGCGGCAGCGCUCCUGCAGCAACCCCACACCCAGGCACGGAGGCCGCGUGUGCGUGGGACAGAACCGAGAGGAGAGGAAACUCCAUCCUGCAUUAUACUGCAACGAACAUUUGCUCUGCCCACCACAUGUGUUCUGGACAGGCUGGGGGCCCUGGGAACGGUGCACAGCCCAGUGCGGGGGAGGCAUUCAAGCUCGCCGCAGGACUUGUGAGAAUGGGCCUGACUGUGCAGGAUGCAACGUGGAGUACCAGCCUUGCAACACCAAUGCAUGCCCAGAGCUGAAGAAAACCACACCGUGGACCCCCUGGACACCCGUCAACAUCUCGGACAAUGGUGGCCACUAUGAGCAGCGGUUCCGAUACACCUGCAAGGCCCGCCUGCCAGAUCCAAACUUGCUGGAAGUGGGAAGGCAGAGGAUCGAAAUGCGAUACUGUUCCAGUGACGGGACCAGUGGCUGCUCCACAGAUGGGCUUUCUGGGGACUUUCUGCGUGCUGGGAGAUACUCUGCCCACACAGUCAACGGGGCGUGGUCAGCCUGGACUUCCUGGUCCCAGUGCAGUAGAGACUGCAGCAGGGGCAUUCGGAACCGGAAGCGUGUGUGCAACAACCCAGAGCCCAAGUUCGGGGGCAUGCCUUGCCUUGGCCCCUCCCUGGAAUACCAGGAAUGCAACAUUCUGCCUUGCCCAGUGGAUGGCGUGUGGUCUUGCUGGUCAUCCUGGUCAAAGUGUUCAGCAACCUGUGGUGGUGGGCAUUACAUGAGAACUCGUUCAUGCACGAAUCCAGCCCCAGCCUAUGGAGGGGACAUCUGCCUGGGACUACACACAGAGGAGGCACUCUGCAACACACAGACCUGCCCAGAGAACUGGUCAGAGUGGUCAGACUGGUCUGUGUGUGACCCGUCUGGUGUCCAGAUCCGUUCACGCCGGUGCAUCCUUCUAUUCCCGGUGGGCAGCCAGUGCUCUGGAAACACCACGGAGAGCCAGCCCUGUGUAUUUGACUCUAACUUUCUUCCCGAAGUGUCUGUGGCAAGAUCCAGCAGUGUAGAAGAGAAGAGGUGUGGAGAGUUCAACAUGUUCCACAUCAUCGCCGUGGGGCUGAGCAGCUCCAUCCUCGGCUGCCUCCUUACCCUGCUCAUCUACACCUACUGCCAACGGUACCAGCAGCAAUCUCAUGAUGCAACUGUCAUCCACCCUGUGUCGCCAGCCCCUCUAAACACCAGCAUAACUAACCACAUCAACAAAUUGGACAAGCACGACUCUGUAGAAGCUAUCAAGGCCUUCAACAAAAACAACUUGAUCCUGGAGGAAAGAAACAAGUAUUUCAACCCACAUCUCGCUGGGAAGACCUACUCCAAUGCCUACUUUACAGAUCUCAAUAAUUAUGAUGAAUACUAAUUGCUCUUAGACUUCCGGCUUCUUGUAAACUCUCCGCUCCUCAAAGCCGUACUCCAUGCCUGCCCAUGUUUCUGAGGCUUCAGUAAUGAUGUUUGAAUCAAUUUCAAGUGCAUUUCAAGCUAAGACUGUCCCCCUUACUACCAAGAACACACAUCCUUAAAAGCAGAAAACACCUAUUUAAGUGUUUAUGGCAUUGUGAAAAUCUGCUUACAGCAAACAUUUGAUCGUUGUUAAGUGAACCAUGGUAUGAAGUUUUUUAAAUCGUGCUUCCCCCAAUCUCCAACAGGUCUGUUAUGUUCAUGAGCUUUAUUUUAUAAAUGUGCCAAGCACAUGGGAAAAAUGCCUUCUGAAACAUCCACCUCUUCAAGCUUUAGAUUGUAAAACCUCAUGAAGUUUUAAUUUGAAAAGGCAGGCACUUUAUCUGAGAGAGCCCUUCCCUUCACACGGUCCAUAGUGUUUCAUAGAAUGAAGAAAUGGAUAUGGGCAGGCAGUUACCUCUCCCCAAACUGGGUAACGCUGUGGAUUCUUGGAAACAUCUUAUUUGGACUUGGAAUGAUUCUUCCCUAGGAAAGCCAAUGGAUUCCACCUGACCUCAGCUGCCCAGGUGUGGUCCACUGAGGCCCUCUGCUGUGGUCUGGGGGUAGUGACUGUCCUCACUGUGGCGUGAACAGUGACUGUCCUCACUGUGGAGCGAGCGUAUGGAACAGAGGACAGAUGAGACAUGAGACAGUGUUCCGCAGUUUGCAGCAAAUCUAGCCUUAUUGUGACUUUUGGAUUUCAUGGCACUGCAGGGAGCUCGUUGCCCUGCUGUAGGUCUGGAAGUCUACCCGCCUGGCCAUGGGAAUGUGCCCAAGAGCCAGACUGUAGAAAAACCAUUCAUUUAUUAUUUGGAUAGACCCCCACACCUCUACCCUCCCUGCAAAGAACAAAUCUUGGACAUUUAGAGUGCCAGUUAUGGAAAGUAUUGAAAGUACCAAAGUAUAAUUGAAAGUUACUUUUAUUUCUGUCGUUAUGCAUUGUUAAAUGAACUGACGUUUAGUGAUAAUCAUCCUUUUGUAAACCACCUCUCUGAUGUGGCUGAUGUGUAGCAAUGGGCCCCUACCCAGAGCAUUAAUGGAGUGUAAAAGUGUCCCUCUGGAGCCUACCACAGUCCAUACUGGAGUGACACUCCGGUACCGUGGACCCAUUGUCCCUCCCUUUCCUGCUUCCUCCUCCCAUGUCUUCACCUCAGUGCUGUGAGCCCGUCCAGCUGACCCACCCUAUCCCAUUUCUGCUCAGAAGCAAUGGCAGUCAGGCCCUCAAGACAUAGCAGGAUGGAAGUAGGGGGUUUAGUGAUCUCUCUGUUCUCAGUCUUGAUCAUGAAUAGACUUUCAGAGUGUCCUGAGCCCAUUCUUCAGGUCCUGAGAAGAAAAAAAAAGUCACUCAUUAACAAUCAAUACAUGCUAUGUGGGUAUGGCUUGAAGAGUUUUUUAAAGGCAAAGACAAAAUCAUUUGUGUGUGCCUCUGGGCAUUAUGAUAAAGCUUGGAUAGACAUCCAUACAUGUUCUUAUGGAUACAUGAACUUUACAUCUGGGAAAAUGUACAGGAGUGGGGAUUGCACAGUUUUAUUUGCAUACAUGUUUUCCCUAGCCAAUAUAAAGAGGCAAUUUCAGAAGUGAAAAAUCCCAGGAUUCAUCAUGAAUUAUUCUUGUAGGAACAAAUUUUCAGGCAUAACUCUGUUAAAGCUGAAAUUAAAAUGGCAGGCAGACUCUGAGAGACAUUAGACCGUGAACAGAGCUGCACGUUUUCCCUGGGGGCUUCACGUGGUAUUUUAUUGCAGGUGUUUCUUCUACAGUGUUUGUGGCUUCUGUUGUACACACAUUCUUUUUAAAAAAAAUUUUUGAGACUGGGUCUCCCUUGUAGCCCCACAUGGCCUGUAACUUGUUGUGUAAACCAGGCUGGCCUCAAUCUCACAGAGAUCUGCCUGCCUCUGCCUCCUGAGUCCUGGAUUAAAGGCGCAUGCCACCACAAAUAGCCCAAGCACACACAUUGUUAAUUUGGCAACAGAGAAUUUGUCAGGUGAUUUAUUCAUUGUCCCUAGGGUGGAUUUUUGGUGGAUGACUCAAACCCUCACCUUCUUUAAAAAAAGAAUAAAUCCUCAUUGCACAGCAUUAAUUUAAAAAAAAUAGUUGCUGCUUCCUGUGUACUUAAUUUUAAUUUAAAAGGUCAUUUUCUUUCCCCUGGGAAGGAGGAUGUUAAUGUUUCAAGAACUUCUCAGUAAACAUGAAGGGAAAUGUUUUCUAAAUUACCUCAAAGCUGAUUUUUAAUCAAUCUUAUAUAAUAACUCCACUCCAAAUUUUGAUAUUGUAAUACAGACUUUUGACACUGAAAAAAAAUUUUUUAAACUCAUUUUUUUGUUCACUUGCACUCUGUUCAAAGCAAAUUGUGCCCCCUUACACACACACACACGCAGACACACACACCACCACCAGGCCAUUGCUUUUAAACAUUAGAAAAAGCGGUUGAGAAUAACUUGAUCUGUGUGUGGUUUUCACCCUCUGUGAUGUGCUUUGUUUUCCUGCCAGUAUAGAGCUGAUGCACUCAUCGGGUACAGUGUGUGCUCCACACGCCACACCUCAGUAGCAUCUGAAUCCACACAGUGGGAUGUGCAGAGGAUCUGCCAUUCACGCUGGAGCCCCCUUUUUCCCAACAGCCCUCAGAAUUACUGCUGCACCCUUGUGGACCACAUUUUCCAUUCUACACUGAUGUUUUCAUUGUCUUCCUUCCUCCCUAGCUCUCUCCUUGCUUCCCCGGCUUCUCCUUCUUCGUCCUUUGCUACAAGCAUCUGUCUGACCCUGACAUGAAUCACGCUUGAUUUUCUAGUUAUUUCUGGAUACAGUUAAAGUUUGGCUGGUUUUCAUUCAGAAACUGGCAUCAGUCACAUGCUUGCAUUCUUUGAAAGUUGGCCCCAUUGUUGUUUAGGACCCUUCCUCUAGAUUAGACCAGCCUCCACCAAUCCUGCUGUGUGCUGACAUUGUAUAGAAAGAAUACAAUUCCUGAACAUUGUACAGCCCAUUUCCAGAUAUUCUGGGGACUUUCUUGGAACUGAGGGCUCUGUCACCACUGAAUGAUGUUUUGUCAGUGAGUCCUAAGGAACUCUGGGACACUGGAUGAGACCCUGAUCCACAGAAAAGCCCCUGGCAUCCGACUCAUGGUUUUUCCUUCAAAGCUCCCCACUGUAAUCAGGGCAUAUUUUUAUGUCUCUGCCCCUUAAAACUUACACCUGGUACCUGAAUAUCCCUGAUCUUAUGGGACACAUCACAGCACACAUUAAAAUAGAUUCUGCCUCAAAUUGGCAUGGACAUUGGGGGAAAAGAAGGAGGCUUUUUUUGUGUGUUUAGGGGUGAGCAGAAAUUCUAAAGGAAUUGAAGAUACAAAGAGUGGAUGGUUGAGAAGGCGACCUGCCAUGUAGUCCACAUGGUUUGAAGUGGACCGCCCCCCCAGGUCUGGUCCCACUGAUUUACAGGUAAUAUUAAGGAGAAGAGAAGUAGAUGUGGUAGGGAUGAGAUAAGGAGGUAACAUGGACAGGUGAAGGUCUUGUCACUCUCCAGUGAGUGUCCUACACCACCACUGUCAGGGUUCUGGCUUAAGAUUAUGGAAAACCUCCCAGCAGAGGGGACUCUGUGUCCAUAAGAUGCCACCUCAGGGGUGCAUUAGUGUGCGAUUGAAUAGCUCAAGAAAUGUUAUCCUAAAGAUGCACCAGGUUUACACAGAAAUCAUUUUGUCUGAGUACAGCUUUAGUGGUGUGUGAACUUAUGUGUUUAUAUUUCUUUGUUAUAUUUUUGUUUCUACAGUAAACUGCAAAUGGUUGCCCUAACAUGUCAAGUCAAAUUCCUCAUCAAUUUUUCCCCAUGGCCAUCAACUUUAAUUGAUCCUGGACAGUUCAGUGGGACUUUCUUGUUCUGAGUCACACUUUCGGGGUCAUUAAGUUCAACACUACAAUCUCAAGAGAGAGUUUGGGAGCCCCUACCAGAAACGUCAGAUUUCACAUAUCAGUGGGUGAUUCAGUGAACGAUAUCAGCAUCAGAUGAACCAUUGUCCAUGUGAUAGGGCUGUACCUAAGUUCCACAGCUCCAAUAAUUAAUGCAUGUGAAGUUGUCAAAACAAUAACCUUAACUCCUGUGCAUACUCCUGGCAUUUCUCUGGAUUCUCCAGAUGGCAUUGGGCAGGACCUGCACAUCCAUUCAUCCCAACAUCUUCAUUGGGCAUUUGGAGGUAAAUGCUGAUAAGGCAUUGCCUAUAUUUUGUGACCUGUUAUGAUCCGGGAGUACUUGAUACUGUCUAUUAGCAGAUACUGAAAAGUAUCAUGAGUACCUUACUUUGGGCAAUGCAUAAAAAUAGGAACAUAUAAAUUAAUGCUCUUGUUGACCUAUGAUGCUCUGUGGGGAAUGCUGUAAAGGAAUUAAAUGUCCAGAGCCCAAAAAUGGUUAAUUUUUCCAGCUAAUUUUUUCUAUUGUAAUCAUUAAUUUAAAUGAUCUAAAGAUAUUUCACGAUCCUAUAAAUACAGAGCCAAGGACUUCAGAUUGUCCCUUUGAAUCCUUUUCAAACAGAGGAAAGAUGUUGCUUCCUGUUUGCUUCUCUUUCCUUUUGAAAACUGAAACUUCAAAACCAACUCUUCUUUGAAUGUUGAAGCUACAUUAUUCACAUUUUUAGAAGACAUUGAAUGAUCAGGAAUUUGAUACACAUUGCUGAAGCUUUGGGGAUGGAGGCCUGGUUUCUUGAAAUAUCGUUCACACUACAGAAAUUAUAGAGCGUCAUAGAAACCAAGUUUGGAUCCUGACAUAAAUUGUGUGGUUCCUAAUGGAAGCCUAGUCCACAAAUGUGGGCUCUUAAAAGAUCAGGUUCGCUCUGCUCUUUAAACUUACCCAUGAUCAGAGCCUGAAUGUACUCUGCACAUGUGUCAUGGGGAGACAUUGUACAGGUAUCUAACCAAGGAUGAUUUGGAACAAAAAAGGACAUAAGUAAGGGGAAAAGUCACUUGAUGGCUUUUCUCAAAUUAAGAUGUAAGUCAGGCAGGAAAAUCUCCACCUCUUCAUAACCCGUCAGACAUCUAAGGUCAGUAGUUCAACAAUGAUCUUCAUCUUUCCUGACUUUUUGACAAAUUCAUACCAAAUGGUUCAAAUGUUAGAUAAACAUAAGCAGAGAGAAAAGUCUAGGCUCUGGGAAAUAGAAUCUAUUCUUCUAUCAAGACAUUAAAUGUGGCCUGGAGGGCUGCCCUCUCUGCCCAAGAAGGUGGCUUACCUUCCUGUCCAAAGUUGCUAGUGCCUUCUGUAAGUUACAUGUUAUCAUUACACCUGGAAAUUACUGAUUCCAAUUAGGAGAGGGUUGAUUACACUUUGAAGAAAUUCGCUCUUGUGUGUGUCUUUGAACUCAGGAAUAGAAAAUGAAGAAGCACUUCAUCUUCAUAUGUGGUCUUGUUCCUGCUGGGGCGAGGACGAAUGGGCAAGGGUGUGUUCAGAACUGAGGUAACUCAGUGCAGCCUGCAAGAAACUGGCAUCGCUCCAAUUUCGACAUCUUCCUAAAAGCACAUUAGCAUCCGUUCUGGGACAGGUUAGUCCAUCCGAUGUCUGUAAAGUCAGACAAUUUAUUUCUGUGGCCCUUCAGACAAGCACAAAGCUUCAAAAAAAUCAGAUGCCAGUUAUUAAGAGCUGACACAGAGUGGAAGGAGGGCCAGCUCGAACGUUGCCUGGAGUGCUUUGCUUUAUCCCGUGAGUGCGAUGCCUUCAUUGUUUCACAAGCUACAAAACUGUUGCUCUUAACUUGGGUUGAAAACACUAAACACUAGCAGUGUCUUCCAUACUAAAGAUGAUUGCUUGACCCUUACAUCAUGACUGUGAACUAAAAUCAAGCUUGAACAUCUGCACUUUAGAAAGAAAGCUCAGUAGAAGUCUCCAACCAUGGAAUUAACACUGAAUCUCCCUCACCCUCAUCUGCCAAUAAAAUGCAGCUUGACCCAGUACUGGAGUCUGUAAAGUGUGCAUUUGCGCCGCUUGGUUAGAUUUUCCCUGCUUUGCCUCGUUUUCUGUUCGUUUGCUGUUGCCUGUGUUGUGAUACAAAAUCAACUUAUUUGGGACUGUUUCGUUUUUCUUUCAUUGACAUAUCUUCAAGGCCAACUUCAGCCCUAGGCAAACCUGCAGACUGUUAACAGAUCUUGAAGUUGAAAGGCAAUAUAAGGCACUACAGGGCCACUUCAAGAGCAGGAUGGCCCUGUUUUCCCUUCAUUUACCUGAGAAAACAGAAAGUUGGUUGCUGUGUUGGAAUACUCCCGGAUUGGUGGGUAUUUCCUCCCAGGGUCACUGGGCAACCCAUACUAUUCAUUCCCUAUUAGCUGUCAGUCUUUCCUUGGAAUGCUUAUUAAACACACACAAUGUAAUUUCCAGUGCUCAUCCCUUUUUUAUUCAUCCAUUCCCUGGUUUUAUGUGUUCUCCCUGGGAGCUGGCCCGCUCUUUGCCUCACAAUGUUGCUUAAUGAAACCUGGCAGACACCUUGUUGCCAGAAAUCAGUUUUAAAGACUCUAAUCAUGUCAGCCCAGGCAGGGGGCUCAUUCUAUCUUGCAUUGAAUUAAUUAUAGAGCCCAGAAAAAGGGUGGACAGGGGCACUUCCCAACCAGUCAGCCAAAACAAACUCACACUUGCUCUCAGCAAACAUGUUUGUGAAUGAAGCUUGCUUGUCUUAUCGCAGGGGAAAUGUCAUGUUGCCCUGGGUGCCCUGCUGCUGUCUACAGCUUCUUCAUCUCUUUAACAGUGAACUCCUAACAGCGGCCCCAGGUACUGCCAGGAGUGCACCCUCCCUUCAGAGAAUGCCAUCCCCACUCUCCUCAUCUCUAUCUACCAACAUUUGGGGGGAACAAAUUAAGAGAAUCCUAACUAUGUAAAGAUAAAUUGUAUUAUAUUUUUUGUACUUAUGUUUUAUGUAAAUAAUUUGUUUCGUUCGAUUGUAUGUGAGUAUUGAAAUAAAUCCUACCAUUC